AUGGUUUCCGCCGAAGUGGCCCGCAACAUUGUCGGCAUCAUAGGCAAUGUCAUCUCCUUCGGCCUCUUCCUCUCCCCUGUGCCGACGUUCUGGCGGAUCUACAAGGCCAAGGACGUGGAGGAGUUCAAACCGGACCCCUACUUGGCGACGCUCAUGAACUGCCUGCUCUGGUUCUUUUACGGGCUCCCCAUCGUCCACCCCAACAGCACCCUCGUCCUCACCAUCAACGGCAUCGGCCUCGUCAUUGAGGGCGCCUACAUCAUCAUCUUCAUCAUCUACGCAGCCAAGAACACAAGGUGGAAGAUGCUCGGCGUGCUCGCCCUCGAGGCGGCGUUCAUGGCUGUCGUGGUGGCCGGCGUGCUCCUCGGUGCCCACACCCAUGAGAAGCGCUCCAUGAUCGUAGGCAUCCUCUGCGUCAUCUUCGGCUCCAUCAUGUACGCCUCCCCGCUCACCAUCAUGGGUAAAGUGAUCAGGACCAAGAGUGUGGAGUACAUGCCAUUCUUCCUGUCGCUGGUGAACUUCCUCAAUGGCUGCUGCUGGAUGGGCUAUGCGCUCAUCAAGUUUGACAUCUACAUCACGAUCCCCAAUGCCCUCGGUACAAUCUUCGGCCUCAUCCAGCUGAUCCUGUACUUUUACUACUACAGAUUGAGCCCCAAGAAAGGCAAAAACGUGGAACUGCCCACUGUCCUCACCAAAAACGCCGUUACCAGCGGCAACGUCUCCGUCACCAUCGAAAAAUAA